ACUCUCUCGUUCACUCUCGCGGUCUCACCUCCAGUCGUGUUUGAUAACGCAGCAGGUUCCUCCGACCUCCGUAGUCGGUGAACUUGGCGAAAGAUAAGCGACUGGGAAGGAAGCUGGAAGCAGCGGUCGUCGUCUCUGAUUCAGAACUUGGCACGCGAUUUCGGUACGAGCUAGGGAUGCUCAAGGGAUGGAUGAUGGUGCGAUGAUGGGUCCGUUACAGACUGCGACAGUCGACUGCCAGGAAGUGGCCGUUCAGUUUUAUCUCGUCGGUGGUUCCGUUCGGACGGUUUUAUCGUAGCGUCGCCACCUAGGCUGGUCGGAUUUGCUCUACUGGUUCCAGAUCAGUGUUCUGAUUGCACAUCAGGGCGGGUAACAGGACUCUGAAAUCGAGCAAAUUUAUUGGACACUGUUAUGAGUUAUUGAUAUCCGACAGCGAGAAGGGCACGUAGUUCGGUCGAUUCGGUUGUUGACGGUCGAUUCGCGGUGGACAGUGCAAACAAGUGGAACUGACCCUGCUGCAGAAUGUGCCAGUGAGGAUUUGCAAUAGUGGGAGUAGGAUUAACAGCUGAUUGCAGUGGACUGUGUGCUGGUCCCGUAUGGUGGAGAUUCAGUUCAAGGGCGGUUUUUCUCGGUUAUACUGCGGAGGAUAAUACUUUCUUUAUUGUGGCUUUGAAUUUGCUGUAGGGAGGAGUACAGCAGUUCCAAGAAUAUACUGAAUUAGACGUGCGUUCUUAAAUCAGAACUUUUUAAUAACACAAGGAGUGUGGUGUUGAAAGCCUAUACAAGGUGAAAUUUUUCUCGAGGCUGCAAAGUUGGUAAAACUUCUUAAUUGGGCAAAUAAAAGAGAACGUUCUAUUGAUUUAAGGCUGAAGCCUACAUCGAGUUCGCCUUUGUUAAAGAUUGUUUCGAGAGUGAAAGUGGAAUCUAAGAUAAUUAAAUACGUAGAAAUACAAUCUUCAUUGCACCGGUUAGCUUGGACGCCUAGAGGUUGUGACCGGGUGACGGAAACUCGUGCGAAGAGUUCUAGUUUGUGAAGUAGUUCGAUGAAUUAAAUUAGCAUUCAUUGAGCGACAAAUAUAAUUCGGAUCCAAAGCAUCGAGCCGGCGACGACACCUACUAGCUAUUGCAGCAAUCCAUAGUGGAAUAGUAAAUUCUGUUCACAAGCUAUACGAACAGCUGGUCGUGGUUUGUACCCCGUGGUGCUGAAGCGUUUGGCGUACGAAGAAUGUGCUAGUGUUGUUUACGUUUAUAAAUAAAGUUCAGAAGAACGGUCGUCUAGCGCGGGUCUGGUGGCGUGUAGUGCACGGAAUUGAAUGGGGAAUCCGCCCACUUAGGAUUGAGCUGAUAAAGUGAUACGAUUGCAUGGUGGCUAGCGAAUGGCAGUAUUAAAUAGAUCAAUCGGUAUGAAGCUCUAAUUUUAGAAUUUGUUCCCAAGAAAUACGAAAAAAACAAUAUUAAAAGCCAUAAAUCGAAAAGCGGUUUACGAACAGUGAAAAGUGAGCUGACAAAUAGGAAGAGUAUUUUCGAAUAAACCAUCAGUUGCAGUUCACUUCGCGUGCAGUUAUUUGCUCAUUGAGCGGUCAUUGACGGAGACCUAAAGUGCUACCGCGUCACAACGCCAACGAUUCACUGAAUUAUUGCUUCUAGCUGUAACUACAUCGAGGGAGAUCGGAACGAACACGAUCGCCAUCAAAUAACCACAUAACUCAUCCAUAUUGCGGUGCUGUGCCGGAGCAACAGACAACCGUCACCCGCGCCAAGUUUGCCAAUUUCUGCUCCAAAUAUCGACAACUCACCACCGAUAGAAUCAGUGCAGCGAGCAGCCGAACCGUCGUUUCUUAGUUCAAUCAUCCCGAUAUUUUCAUUUCAAGAAGCUUAUCUAAGCCGCGCUAUUGUUGUGCCAAAUCACCGGAAAAGGGCCAGAAACCCCCCUCCCCCUCGAAUGAACUGAAUCGAGACAAACGAUAACAAGGCAGCACGCAGUGGGGCUUUGUGGUCAAAAUCGAUAAAAAUCAUCUGGUACGGCGCGACGACGAAUUACUGAAAAGAAAAAUCGGUGGGUUGAAUCAAGUUCGUGGAACCCGUUCUGGUCGAUUAGAGGGAAUAAAGUGUUUUCGUUUAGUUUGGAAUGUUUCCAUUCAUCUUGUUUUCAUAACGGAAUCCAUUAUUGAUGUCAGUCAAUGUGACGAAGCAAAAGCAAUACAGUGUUACUCGUGUAUGGGAUAUUGUGGGAGAUUUUAGAAGAAAAUGAAUGUUUAGUGAUUCUUGAUGAACAUGGCAUCUAAUCGGCGUGGCUUAGAUUCAGAAGAAAAUCGUGUCAGUAAAUCACGGAUGAUUUAAUGUCGCUGUCACCGAGUCAUCCAUAAACACUGAAAUUAAUUACAUCACCUCAGAUACCAACGCCCAUUUUAUUGGCGGUACAUCCGGCCUGGACAAGUUUCACCCAUGCUCCGUAAUGCCACCCAACCGAACAUGAAAAAUCAUUAGACCAAUAAACAAAUACGGCAGUGGCACCGAAUAACACCCAUUAAAGCAACAACCGGGUGCAACCGAAUGCACCGAAUCAGCCAGUGCCACAAAUGCCACUGCCGAGCCUGCUGCUGGUGUCCGAAGCGAUGACAAUAUUGACCCAUCAUUAAUAUUCUGCGCCGAUGCUCUGCCCGCCCGCCGGUCGGUGAGAUUAUGUUGAACAGGAAUCGACCACCGGCCACAUCCGGGAAGCUGUCGGUGACAAGUGGUGCUGGUCUGGCCGAGCUACUCCUGUUGCUCUCGUUGAUCCGCUUGGCGAGCAGCUCCAGCAGCGGUGACGUUAGCUCCAAUGGGAACGCCAUAGAUGACCUGCUGCCGUCGUUGUCCGCUUCGUCGCACCUCUGCGGAGGAACCCUGACGGCCACCCAUGGAGUCAUCCAGACGCCCAACUUUCCGGAUCGGUUUCCGGUUCCCAUUAGCUGCACCUGGAUAAUCGAUGCGUCCACCGUGGUCGGAAACAACGUUUCGAUUGUGGUAUAUCUGACGCAGCAGUACGUGCUGAGUGGGUUGCGCUUUACGGAGUACAUGUACUACAGUGAGGAUUAUAAAGUGCCCAGCAUGAAUGUGUUCGAAUUGAGUGAAGACGAUGUGACCGAUGUGCCGUGGAUCAAGUUCAAUAGCCCGUACUUGGAGAUUAAGUUCUUCAUGGAUAACCUCUAUGGGACGCAUCUGCGAGCUCUGGAUAGGCUGCUGGAUGUGUACGGUUUCAACAUAACGUACGAGGUGGAUGCCGUCAAGCAGUACCAGUGCAAUGCUUUGCAGUGCCGCUUCUUGGGGAAUUGCUACGCGAAGCAGAAUUUCUCGUCGUAUUACUGUGACUGCUAUCCAGGCUUCAGUGGAAUAGAUUGCGGCUAUGGUCCGCUCUGUAGGGAUUCGCAUAUCUGCGAAAAUGGAGGCACUUGCAAGCAUAUCGGAGAUAAUGCAGUUACCUGUAUUUGCCCAUCUGGCUUCAAGGGUAAUAAAUGCGAGAUCAGUGAAUACGACGAAAUCACAGGUUGCAAUCUGGAUAACGGCAGUGAAGGCUGCUUUCGGCAGUGCAUCUACGACGAAGACGGCGCCAAAGGAGCCUGCAAGUGCGAUCAGAGCAUAUCGUCAUCCUCUCGUGGUCGGGCAAAGUACGAGGUGACAGUGCGCUUGACCAAUGCAUCUCACUUCGAGUUAAACGAAAACGGAGAACGCCAACUGAAUGAGAACAGUGCUACCCUGCUGGAGAAACAAAUCAACCGUUCACUGCGAAACUCGAAUAUAUCAAAAAUAAAUGACCUGGAAGUAUUCGCCGGAAAGACUAACAACGAAGCAACGUUUCAAUUUUUCGGCGCGAAAAUUGAUUCCACCCGGAUCCGGGAGACGCUGGAACGCAUGGUGGAGCAACAGCAGCAGCAUCAGCGGGGGAGAGCCAGCGGCAACAUCAGCUUCGCCCCACCCUACAAGCCCAUCUUUCGCCAGGAUGUCGGCCUGAUGCUGCAGUCUGUAGUAGUCAACCAGAGAGGUCCCGUUCGGGAAAACACAGAGUUCAUCCUGUCUUGCGUGGCACAAGGCUCAUCAACGAUGACCUUCCGCUGGUAUAAGAAUGGUUUCUUUGUGAACGUGACAAAAGCAACGCGAAACAUGUGGAUCCGUCUGCUGCCACCGGACUCGAGAGAUCACUACACGGCCCUGCUGGGCAUCACCAAGGCAAGCCGGCUUGACGAGGGCAUCUACACGUGUCAGGUGAACGACAUGGGAAUGCAGCAGUGCCGCUCGACAAAGGUGCAGAUCCUUGGCGCCCCCCAGCUCCGGGUGGAUCCUCCAAGUGUGACCGUUUUCCGUGGCGAAUCGCUGCUCAUUCGGUGUUUGUCCCAGGACUCGGAUCAACAGUACGGCACCCUCGGGUACAGUUGGACAAAAAACGGUGUUCUCUUCCAGUCGGAUCCGGCCGCCGAAAUGUGGGAAGACCUUUAUCCGGACGGUAGCAUUCUGAAGGUGAAAAAUCUCCAGAAAUCCGUUGUGUACACAUGUAUCGUAUCGAACUCCGUAGCACCGAUAUCGAAAAGCGUUCACGUUACCGUGGUCGAGCCGGGAACUGUGACACUGUGCCCGAAGAUUGCUGACUAUGGCGUGAGUUGGCCAGCGAGUGCAUCGGGACCGGCCGUUUUGGCGGACUGCCCAGGACGAGGAGAAGGCCAAGCAAAGCGAAUCUGUGAACAGCGUGACUUUGGGCGUCCGGAAUGGCUCACGCCAGACUUCUCCGAGUGCGUUCCGGACGCCAUCAACGAGAUUGAGAAAGAGUUCCGAGGGCUUACAUUCGGCUACCAGAAAACCAACGGCACCAGCGUUCUGCAGUCAUGUCUGGAAUAUGCGAUGAAACACUACGCCGGAUUCCUACCGGGCGAAGGUGGAGUGCUGCUGGAGCUGCUACACGAGAUUUUUCGCUAUAUCGAGCAUACCGGUUCACAACACGAGCAGGAAGUCGCCUCUGACAUCAUCCUGCGCGUGGUCGAUGUCAUUAUGCAGAAUAAAUUAUCGCUCAACAAUCAACAGCAAAUCAAACAACUGCAGGAUCUGGUCCAAGCAGCAGCCCUGAACCGUGAAACGACGAUGGCUGCACCGAUCUCGUCGUCGUCGUCCCUGUCAUCGUCGUCGACCGCAUCGAAGGCAUCCCUGGCAGCAACCACGACCGUCACGCACCAGCUGAACUCGUUCUAUUUGUACACGGAAUCAGUCAAAGGAUUGCCAUUCAAUUUGCAGAUCUACGGCGAUCAACUGUACUCGGACCAACUGUACAUGGAGAUGGAUGUAACGAGCUCGCUGCUGGAUAUCGUUUCGAACGGAACCGUACUUGUGACCGUCAUUUCCUACAAAAACCUCACCACUUUCCUACCCCGGUUCUACUUUGCGAAAAAUAGCUUCGGCACCGAUAUCGAUUACAUUCCGGCUUCAAAAAUCAUCUCCACCUGGCUGUACUACGCCAACCGUACCGGGUACGAACCAAACCGGCCACUGCACGUGCCACUCGAGUCGGCCCACGUGGAAAUUAUCUUCCAGCACGAGAACUCGCCGACCAGCGAGUGGAUACCACUUUGCGGAUACGAUGCCAAGGCAACAUUUGAACCAACGUGGCGAACCGACCUUUGCAUCACCGAGAAUUUGAUGGAAAACAUUACAAGAUGCAUUUGCCCAUUAUCGGGCACAUUUGUGGUGCUGCUGGCCAAGAAGAACUACAACGCAUCGGUCACGAAAACCUCAACCCGACCGAUUCUGGUGGUGAUAAGCUGCGGAUGUUGCUUUCUGCAGUCGUGCAUAGCGUUCGCCAUCAUGCUGCCGAUCCUGUACCAACGGAGAUGCUGUGUGACCUUUUUAAAAAUGCAAUUCUGCUCCGCCACAUCGAUGGCGAUGGCAAUAUUCAUCCUGGGACUGCUACAACUUUUCCCACAAGAGUGGUUCAGCGUUGUGAUAGCCCUGCUCACCGCAUUCCUACUGCUCAGCUCGUCAACACUGGUUGCCAUUACGGUGCUGGUCACGACGGAGCUCGGCCCUCGGAAGUUGACCGCAGCCACCAGUAGCCUGGCCACCGGAAUCACCGGAAGCAUUGGGCUCAGUUGGUUCCUUCCGACCCUGUGCGCCACAUCGACGCCUCUAGUCUACAGUGUCAUGUUCGAAACACCGGACCACUGGUGGCACACGACAGAUUCCUUCGGUUUCAUCCUGUUCAUCGUCAUCGAGUCGCUAUUUGUGAUAUUAUUUCUACUGCUGUUUCUGACACUUAUGAAGAAACUUUUGUACCUCGCCAAGAAGCACGAUAAACACAACACUUCAAUUCUGAGAAGGAUAGGGCUCCUGUACCGGACCGCCAUGCUGUUCGUGGCCAAUGUGCUGAGCCACACGUUCUACUUGGUGUACUUGAACAGCGAGGACCUGCUCAGUGGUUACGCUUUCAGUGCCAGCAGUAUUAUUUUGGGAUCCUGCAUCCUGCUCAGUUUUGUGAUAAAGGCUGAAGUGAAGCACGGAUCGGAGUCCACCAGUAGUAAAUCCAGUACCAAAAAUAGUUCAGAUGACAACUGUUGUUCGGGAUCAAUAAAUAGUCCGUUAAGUUUUUAUACAACCCAAGAUCUAGAUAAGGAUAAUGAAUGUCUCCCUUCGGGGGGCAAAACAACGAAAAUUCCGCUGACAAUACUGCCCUCGCCUCACUCGCAGCAACAAAUGGUCCAGUCGUCAGCACAGCCUCAGCAACAUCAAACGCAGCUGCCCACGCAUAUCACCACCAUCGAGCCAUGUAUUCAUGGCGACGGCCACAGCAUAGAGACCUAUUUGGGUGGAAGCAUUCCGGGAACGGGAACGGCCACCAUUUGUAAUAUUGUAUCCCACGAAUACGAGGCCUCUCCUGCGGUGGCGGCGGCGGUGGGUUCCGUUGGUUUAUGCAAUUUCAAUGCAAAAACCCGUUGCUAUGAGAUGAUGGGACAGCAGCAUCACCCGGCCAGCAGUGGGCUCUCGGUGGACAAUCCCAGCAUUUUAACAACGUCAGCAGUGCCUCCCGUGUCCGGCGGUGUGAUAGGUCAGUUCGAUUGGCACCAGCAGCAGCAUCAGCCCCAGUCGUCCUUGAUGGGGAUGGUGCCGUGCGGUGGAGUUGGUGACAGUGGUCUGAGGAAUGCCUUUCCAGUGCAGUCCGGUAGCAGCGCUGGAAUGUGCUUCGUCACUCAACAGCAGGAAACCAAUGAAUUUGUCGGUGUCGGAGGCUUGGACAUACUGAAAGGCGUCGGACAAGACAGUAUAAUUGGAAUCCGAAGCAAAGGUUUGGACAUCUCCGAACCUGUCACCACUGAUAGUAGCCAAAAAGUUUCACCACCUGUGCUGGAUUCAAUAUCCGGUGCGCAUCUGUCAGCGGCAUCACCUCCAGCAGCAUCACAUUGUGUUCUGCAACAUCACCCAUCGCCGCAGCAGCAGCAAACAACGGCGCCGGUAAUCGCGCCCGUUCAACCAGUUGGACCACCCUCCACGGCCCCGGUGAUAACCGUCACCGGGGCCGAGGAUCCGGAUCGCAUCGACGGAAUGCUGGAUCGCAUAUCGCACGAUCUGGACUAUCUACUGAACCGUACCUCUGAGGUGCCUACCGUAGUACCUAUCCAGCUGAGGCCAACUGGUGGCAGCCCUAGUGCAUGUAGUAAUAGUAGUAUUAAUAGUAGUUGUAACAACAAUGUGAACUCUAGUGGGAGCAGUAGUAGUGGCGGUCCUUCAAUCGAUAACGCAACCAACCAGGGAUCCGGUGACACAAUGAAACAUACGAUGCCACCGCCGCCACCUCCCCCGUGCACGCAAAAAGUGCCACUGAUUUCAUCUUGCCACAGUGUUCAUGAAUGAUUUCAGCAUAAUCAACGUCCAUGGCCCACACUCCGGAAGUACUGGAAGUAUGGUGAUAAGGACGCAUUCUACGCGCAGCUGGAACGUGACAACAACAGCUGUCCUAGCCACGACGUCAUAAUCAUCAUAGGAAAUUUGAACGCUCAGGUUAGCCAAGAGGAAGAGUUUAUACCGACUAUUAGAAAGCUCAGUGCCCACCGGCUGACUGAUUGAUUUCGCCGCCUCCAAGAUUAUGGCUAUUCACAGCACCAACUUCCAACACAGCCUUCCGUAUCGAUACACCUGGAGAUCACCACUACAGACGGAAUCACAAAUCGACCACGUUCUGAUUGAUGAACGGCACUUCUCCAACAUUAUCGACGUCAGGGCAUAUCGUGGCGACUCUGACCACUAUCUGGUGAUGGCUAAACUGCGCCCAACAAUAACACUAGUCAACAGUGUUUCACUCCGUUCAACCAUUUUCAGUGUACUUAAAAGAUUUUUUUCGCUGAAUUCAGUCAUGUUUUCGGAUUUUUUGUAACACGUCCAGUUUUUGAGAAAAACGGGUUUUAAUUCACAAAACUACGUAUUCUCAUGAAAAUUUGGUUUCUCUGUUCUGUGAAGCUGAAUUUUGACUCCUCACUUAUAAAAUAAAGUUUGAAUGGUGUAGAAUAGGCAUUUUUAAAUGCAUGUGGGUUGUUGGGUUUCAUUUGGCACCUUAAUUUGUUGUGAAAAAUGAAAUUUAAUUCACGAAAGUACGUUUUUUCAUAGAAAUUUGGUUUCUCUCCUCUGCAAAGCUAAAUUUCGGCUCAUCACUUUGAGAAUAGAACAAGAAUUUUGUAGAAUGGGCCUUGUAGAAUGCAUGUGGGUUGUUGGUU